AAAGACCUGGCUACGGUCAGUGUUCUUCUCACACUGUUCUGAGGCUGUGCUCUGGGUAAAUGUGAGGGGCCUAGAUCCCAAGACAGCCAGGAAGUCCACUCUGGCUCCAUGGAAUAGGAGCCCUCUGGCCUUCCAGUUCUGCCUCUUCAGAGGCUGUCCCUGAGCAGAGAGCCAGGAGAAUGAGAGGCCGGAAGAGGAGGAGAUCGAUGGAUGUCAAGGCAGCUGCCCAGGAGAGCAGCAUCCCAGCCUCCAGCUCUACCACCUCAGAAGCUAUCUCUGAGCUGAGGUCCUGGAAGAAGAGGGGACAGAAGAGGAACAUAUGGACAGUCAAUCAUGUUGAGGGAACAAAACUCAGGAUGAACAAGAGGAGAAGACCCAGUUACCGUCCUGAAGACCAAGAAGCAUUCUACCGACUUCUGGAGGAUCCCGCGAUCCAGAGCUUCUUGGAAGCUGACAUUUUCCUCAAAGUAUCCGAUAAGUACCUGCUUUCCAUGGUGGUGGAGUACUUCGGCCGUGUUGGGCUGCCUGGACACCUGUACAACAGGAUCCACUUCUUCCUGGCCCUCUACAUCGCCUCCGACAUGGAGGAGGACAACCCCACGUCCAAACGGAGCAUCUUCCAGUUCCUGCUGGGCAGGGAGCACUGGCCAGACCUCUACAAGGAGUUCCUGAAGUUGAAGGUGGAGUUCUUCCAUGCAAUGGGGCACCGAGCCUGGGUCACCCCGGAGUUGUGUGAGGAGAUCCAGGCCCAGAACCCACAUCACUGGGUCUGGAGUCGGGUGCGCCAGUGUGCCCCCUAGGUUCCCAGGGAACAGAGCGGGGGCUGCAGGUGGUCCAGGUGCAUGCGGGUGCUCUCGGGCUCGGCAGGGUCGGACAUCCCCACCCUCUGUGCCCCUGCAGUCACCUCCUGGGCUGGUGGGCAUGAAGGGGAAGCAGUACAGCAUCCCUCUGUGCAUACAAGCAUAGUAAGGGUUCUGAGAACUCCCAUGAUAAAGAACGUAAUUACCUGUGUUUAUAUCAAAACUCUCCAAAUGAAUUUGACUGUGGAAUCAUGAAUGCAAUACCAGAUCCCCAAUUUGCAUAUCAAAAAAAUUUUUUAUGAACUCUUGGAAAUGCUGAUUUAAGUAAUGAAAACCUCUGUAGGGUUUUGAUCUGAGUUGAAAAUUUUAAGCAAAUAAAUGGAAGACACUGAA